ACCUGCCUGGAGCUGGAACGGUAUUUACAGACCGAACCAAAGAAGAUAUCAGAAGCAUUUGGGGAGGAUUUAGACUGUUUCUUAAACAGCUCCAUUCCUCAAGGUACAGAUGGUUGUUCCCGUAAACUAGAUCCAAUUAUAAUUCCUGUGGACAUCAGCACAUACGAGAAGCGCCCUAGUAUAGAUAUUUUACUAUCACAAGACAAACUUUUGUCAGAGACCUGUGUAAGCCUACAGCCUGCAAGCUCCUCUACAGAGUGUUACACAUCAGUAAACCAGGCACAGCUUAAUGCCGUUACAUCCCUAACACCACCAUCUUCCCCAGAACUCAGCCGGCACCUUGUCAAAACCCCACAGUCCCUCACUGCUUUGGAUGGAACUGUGACAUUAAAACUGGUUGCAAAAAAGGCAUCUUUGAGCUCUGGAAAGGCCAUGGAAUCCUCGUCAACUGCCAUUACAUCAAAAUGUGGGCUAAGUGACAAUGAACAGUCGGGAAAUGCAGGAGAAGCCUCACCUGAAAAUAAGAAGAGAGUUCACCGGUGCCAGUUUAAUGGCUGCAGGAAGGUCUACACGAAGAGUUCUCACUUAAAGGCCCACCAGAGGACGCAUACAGGUAUACAUGUUCCCUUAAAAUGUAUCUUAAGCUAUUUAUUUUUUCUCAUUCUGGAUAAAUUGGGGAAGGGUUAA